CAGACGAGUCAUUACAGAACUUUUCUCCGGCAACGGAUAAAUAAUUGGCCACCUGUUAAUUUCAGGCGUCGCCUUUUGGACGCCUUUUCAGCCGGUCUGGUAGCCUCCCCCGCCCGAAAAAAGUCUCACGUGUGGCGACCAGUCUUCGAGGAAGGGUUCUGGCAUUCUUUUGAUGUCUAUAUCCAGUGUCCGAUCCGCGUCGAACCCCGAAAAGUGGCAUGAAAAUCGCAAGAAACCUCACUCCGCGCGCCAUUUUGAAGGCGUGACUUCCUACCAUCCAUCAAAGUCGGAGCCUGCGCAGAGGUCGGGGUCUCUCCUCCCGAUUCGCCGAGGCGGUCCACGUGAUAUGCUAAUUCGCCGCGGCGGGUGGAGCCACGGCACAGUUAAAUGACAUCCUGCAAAGAAAAAUUAUUUCCAUCCAAUUCACCCAAAAAUUAAUGAUCAUGGCAUCGUUCGCGAGAAACAGCCAACAGUAUGACGAUCCGGACCCGAAGUUUCCGCCGUUAGAGGAGUACUCUCAGGGUAACUACAUGCCGGAUUAUUACGGACAGCAUUACGGCAGUGUUUUUCAUCCACAACCGCUCAACUACGGGCCCGUCGAGAAUGGGACCGCGGUGGGGGGCUAUACCAACCACGGGAAUUCGCCGCACCCUUACUACACUCAACGAUCGUGCAGUGUCGGCCAGAAUUUGGGCACGCCACUUAGUGUCGUUGACUAUGUCGGAACAGAGAACAGUUUGCAUCACCAUCCCAAUAAUAACAACAGGUCGUCGCCGGACAGUUCGCCACCGCCUGGGUCUCAUUUGCAGAGAUCGGACACUCAAAAUUCGGACUGUUCUGGAUCCGAACCGGCGAUGGGAACCACCAUAUACCCCUGGAUGAGGAAAGUACAUACAAACAAUAACGCGAACGGUGCUUUCGCAGGGAUCGAACCUAAACGACAGAGGACUGCCUACACGAGGCAUCAGAUACUAGAGCUUGAGAAAGAAUUUCACUUCAAUAGGUAUUUGACCAGACGACGACGGAUCGAAAUCGCUCACUCCCUCCUUUUGUCUGAAAGACAGAUAAAGAUCUGGUUCCAGAAUAGGCGGAUGAAGUGGAAGAAAGACAACAAACUUCCCAACACCAAGAAUGUCAAGAAAAAGAACCAGCAGCAGCCAAACGCUAACAGUAACAACAACAGCAAUAACAAUAACAGCAACACCAACAACGCGAGUAACAAUCCUGGGCGUCCUCAGCAGCAACCAGCUCUGAUGCCAUUGCAAAACCGAGGACUACACAAUCCACAACUGACGACGUGCAACACGCCCAUCGAACCCAAAGAUGAGUAUGGCCUAACAGAACUGUGACAGGUUCCUGCGCAACUUUAAGCCAAAUAUUUCAUUCUUUUUCACAUCGCAAUAUGGACAAUGAGAUAAAUUUAUAUAAAUAUAUAUAUAUCUAUAUAUAGAACGUGAUACGGUGUUACAAGGGCAUUUUGUACAUGUCGAUCAUUGUGAAAUUCUCAUAGUCAUGAAUGUUUACAUAGUCAUCAGGAGUUGUUGAAAACUAGCAAAAAGCUGCUGUUUAAUUAGAGACUGCAGAACUGUUGAGGACUAUCAACGCUCUAUGUUUCUUUUCUUUUGGGCCGAUCGUUCAUUGGCCAGUUACAGCUAAAACAUGUCGAUCAGAAAUUGGUGUUGUGGCCAUUAUAAACUGCUGAGAGAUAGUCUUUGAUAAUCUGAAUUCGUCUGAUAAACAAAUACCUGUUUUUAUAUUCUAUUUAUAAAUGCACAAAGCAGAAAUUGACUCGAAAUGCUGACGUAAUUAUUUAAGAAGCCUACAUUCUGUUGAAAAACAAAUCCAGAAUUAAACUUUAUAUAUUGUAGAAUCCUAUGUCAGAUAUUUAAGUGGUUUUAAAAAUUUGGAGUAAAUGUUUUAAUAUAAAAUAAAACUUCUGUUUCAAUUAAGGAGAAUCGGAUGGAAUAAUGUGAAAUUAAUAGUAAAUUUUAUAUUAGCAUAUUAUAUUAUGAAAACAUAAAAUUUUUAUUAUCUUUUGAAAUUUUAUCUGUUAUUUAUUUUAUUAAAAAUACGUUUGGCAAGACUAAUCAAUGCAAGACUCAAGUCAGUUUCUGCUGCCGAUUUAUAAUGAAUAUUCAGCCCUUUACCAGCUUUUAAGCAUGUAUUAAAGAAAUUAUCGCAUGCAUUCUCUAAAUCUUGCCUUCACCGAUAUGAUGAAGUCUCACUUUAAAAUAAAAUAUUUUAGCACUAAGAAAACCUUAA